GCAGCCCCGUCCGACGUUAAUAGAUGAUGAAGUUUGUGCAAAGGCCCCACCCACCGAUGCUCGCUUCACUCAAACCGUCCGACCUUGACGUACACCCAUCGUGGCUCCCGAGCCUAGCGCACAUCAAAUCGAAGCGCGUCAAGGAACUCGAGUGUCUCCGCCGCCAAGUGUACAUUCUCCAAGGGCACAUUGAGAAGCUCAAGCGCUGCCACUCGACGCAGCUGUCGUGGGAGGAUGUGGCUCAAGCGCUCAAGGACGACACGCUCGACCAAGUGCGCGACAACCGGUCGCUCAAGAAGAAGCUUGCGCACAACAAGCGUCUCGGCGUCUUCCUCAAGACGUGGAUGGAGGCGACCCCGCCGCCGGCGCUGCAGCAUAUCGAGACGUGGCGCCACUCGCAGCUCGUGUGUGGUGACGACGCGUCGCGGGCGCUCGGGUACGAGUGGAUAGCGCGCCAGUCGUACUACAACACGACCGCGGUUAUGGCCCACAUUGCAUUUCCGGUCCACGAGACGGACGACGACUUUGUGCGUGUGGCUGUCGACAUUGACGACGACGCCCGGUUUUUCGUCCAAGUAGCAGCGCAGCAGGUCGUGCCGUACGACCUCGCGGCGGUCCACAAUGCAUUUUGGGUCGCGGAAAAGACAUUUGCAGCCGCGUUCCGGGACAGAUGCACGCAGCUCACCGACCUCUCGGCGCCGACCAACGACAUUUUGUACGUGCGCGAGAACCUCGGCACGCCAACACAGCGUAUCUUCAACAAGUCGCUCCAAGCGCGCUUCCAGUCGCCGGCAUCUGUCACGUUUGUACUCCGCUCGAUUCUGAGAGACGACAUGUUCCCGGACGACGACGCCGACGACACCGAUCCGUGGUCGUUCAACACCAAGUUUUGGAUGGUCGCGGACGCGCUUCCGAAUGGCAGCACGCGCUGUCGGACGUUCUACACGCUCGAGCAUCCGUGCACGCACAGCGGCGGGUACGUCUCGCUUGACCAACUCGCGCGCUGCGUCGGCCUCGGCGGCUCGACCGAGGCAACGCUCCUGGCCGUGCUCAAAGAACGCUUCCUCAACAGCCACCACGCCCAGCGCUUGUUCUUUGCCGAGCAUUUCAGCACGGUCUUGGGCGCAAUGGCGACUAGAAUGGACGACGACGACGCUGUUGUGCAAGUGUAAUUGCCACCGAAUACGGUACAAACGACUAUUUAAGACGACGAAAAUACGACAGGGCGAUGAUGCAACCA